GCUCUGCUCGUCGAACGCAAAAAAUCUUCAGGGGCAUAUACUCGCCUUCCCUCCCGUGUACCCACCAUCGUCCCUCUCAAAAGCGCAAAGACACUAUGCUGCGCACUCCGAAACCGAAGAACGCUCGCUCGAAGCGGGCGAUGGAUGCCCGCGAGCCAAAGGAGGUCGAGGACCCGCGGACCGUCAUCUUUGUCAAGGGUACGCAUACGGGAGAGGUGCUGAACGGGGCUAUGAAGGAUCUGAUGGCGCUGAAGCGUCCGCACGCCAUCUCGUUCUCGAAGAAAAACACGGUCCGGCCGUUUGAGGACACAUCUUCAUUCGAGUUCUGGGCUCAGAAAAACGACGCGUCGAUGUUCAUGUUUGGACAGACGACCAAAAAGCGGCCCGAUGGGUUGGUGCUCGCGCGGAUGUUCGACGGAAGGGUGCUGGAUAUGGUCGAGGUGGGCGUGGACAAGUUCGUGAGCAUGGCCGAGUUCAAGACGCCAAAAUGCACACCGGGACACAAGCCGAUGCUACACUUUGCCUCGGAGCUGUUCGACACGCACCCGCGGUUCGUCCAGCUCAAGUCUAUCCUCAUGGACUUUUUCAACGCCGAGGUGAUCGACUCGAUAUGUCUGCCUGGGCUCGAGCACGUCAUCAGCGUGAGCCUGUCACCCGCCACGCAGGCGACGGCGAACGCGACGUUGGGGGUCGUAGAGGAGGACACGUCAAAAUUGCCAAAGGUACACAUACGGACGUACACGGUCAAGUUGACACCAUCGGGCACACGGGUGCCGCGGGUGGAACUGGUGCCGAUGGGUCCGUCGCUUGAUCUGUCGCUGCGGCGGCAUGAGGAGGCGGACGGGGAGAUGUGGAAGCAGGCGAUGAAGCGGCCGAAGAUGAAGAAGCAGGACGUCGAGAAGGGGCUGGGCAAGAAGAAGAAGAAUCUGGAGGUGGACGAGAUGGGCGACUUGAGAGGACGGGUGCAUGUUGCGAAGCAGGACCUGAAUAAGCUGCAGACGAGGAAGAUGAAGGGGCUCAAGAAGGGCGCUGGGGACGAUGCUGGUGAUGACGAUGAGGACGAGGGGGACGAGGACGCUGAGAUGGAUUAGGCUCAACGCUGGAUGCGUGAGGUCCACGUUUAGGUUUCGACUGCUGCGUGGAGGGGGCGUUGCGAUGUAUUUUUACUCUGUACGACUCACAUCGCAUUAAAUUUCUG